GUUCUGGAGGAAAUCAUUGGCAUAGGGGGCUUCGGAAAGGUGUAUCGAGCUGUGUGGAUAGGAGAUGAGGUUGCUGUCAAGGCAGCUCGCUAUGACCCUGACGAGGACAUCAGCCAGACCAUUGAGAAUGUCCGCCAAGAGGCCAAGCUCUUUGCAAUGUUAAAACAUCCCAACAUCAUUGCCCUCAGGGGCGUGUGUUUGAAGGAACCUAACCUUUGCUUGAUCAUGGAGUUUGCCCGUGGAGGAUCGCUCAAUAGAGUGUUGUCUGGUAAAAGGAUACCUCCUGACAUACUGGUGAACUGGGCGGUGCAGAUUGCGAGGGGAAUGAACUACCUGCACGAGGAAGCAAUUGUUCCCAUAAUCCACCGUGACCUGAAGUCCAGCAACAUACUGAUACUCGAAAAGGUGGAAAAUGGAGAUCUGAGCAACAAGGUGUUGAAGAUCACGGAUUUCGGCUUGGCCAGGGAAUGGCAUAAAACUACCAAAAUGAGCGCAGCUGGGACAUAUGCCUGGAUGGCUCCUGAGGUCAUCCGCUCCUCCAUGUUCUCCAAGGGCAGCGAUGUGUGGAGUUAUGGUGUGCUGCUUUGGGAACUGCUAACAGGAGAAGUACCAUUCCGAGGAAUCGAUGGUCUUGCAGUAGCAUACGGCGUUGCCAUGAAUAAACUUGCCCUUCCAAUCCCUUCCACGUGUCCAGAGCCUUUUGCCAAACUCAUGGAAGAUUGCUGGAACCCUGACCCACACUCACGACCUUCCUUUGCCAGUGUCCUAGACCACCUUACCGCCAUAGAAGAGUCUGGUUUCUUUGAAAUGCCCAAAGAUUCCUUUCACUCCCUGCAGGAAGAUUGGAAACAAGAGAUCCAAGAGAUGUUUGAUCAGCUCAGAGCCAAAGAAAAGGAGCUGCGCACAUGGGAAGAAGAGCUGACUCGUGCUGCUGUUGAACAGAAGAACCAUGAGGAGUUGCUACGAAGGCGGGAACAGGAGCUGGCAGAACGUGAGAUUGACAUCCUGGAAAGGGAGCUCAACAUCAUCAUCCACCAGCUGUGUCAGGAGAAGCCUCGGGUGAAGAAACGCAUGGGGAAGUUCAAGAGGAGCCGGCUCAAGUUAAAGGAUGGCAAUCAUAUCAGCCUGCCUUCAGAUUUUCAGCAUAAAUUCACUGUGCAGGCUUCUCCAACGAUGGAUAAAAGGAAAAGUUUGAUCAGUAGUUGCUCCAGCCCACCUGCAAGUCCUACCAUUAUUCCCAGACUCAGGGCCAUACAGUUGACCCCUGCUGAAAGCAGUAAAACAUGGGGACGAAGCUCAGUCCUUCCAAAGGAGGAGGGAGAGGAAGAAGAGAAGAGAGGUCACAAGAAAAAGGGACGUACUUGGGGACCGAGCUCACUUUGUCACAAGGAACUAGGUGGAGGAGAAGAUGGUUUAAAAGCUCUGGUAGAAGGAUGCAAACAGUGGUCAUCCAGUGCACCAAACCUUGGGAAGAUCCAGAGAACUGCACCUGCUUUUCCAGGAUUCACCAGCUUAGCAGAGAUGGAGGAUGAAGACAGCGAAUGUCUUAAUGGAGAGGGCAAAGUGCAUCCUUCACCUGUGCACAAUCAGUCUUACCUCUGCAUCCCAUUUCAAAAGAAUGAAGACUGGGAUGGGCCUUCUAGUGAUGCCAAUGAGGAGUCCACCCCUGUAAACUCUGCUACUAGUACCCCGCAGCUGACACCCACCAACAGCCUCAAACGUAGUGGCUCCCACCACAAGCGAUGUGAGGUUGCAUUGCUUGGCUGUGGAGCAGUGCUGGCUGCUGCAGGCCUCGGGUUUGAUCUGUUAGAAGCAGGGAAGUGUCAGCUGCUGAUUGAGGAGGAGCCAGAGGCACCCAAGGAAGAGAAGAAGAAGCGUGAUAGCAUUUUUCAGCGAGCUGGACGCCCACGCAGGAGCACGAGUCCACCUUCCCGAAAGAUCUUCAAGAAGGACGAUCCCAUGUUGUUGCUAGGCGAGCCAUCCACAUCCCUCACCCUUCUUUCCCUGUCUUCCAUUUCCGAAUGUAAUUCCACCCGGUCCCUGCUGCGCUCAGACAGUGAUGAGAUUGUGGUGUAUGAAAUGCCUGUCAGCCCAGUGACAGUCAAGGCUCCCUUGCCAGCCAUUACCAACCCACUAGUCAAUGUCCAGAUCGAGAGGUUCAAACAGGACCCCAACCAGUCCCUGACUCCCACACAUGUGACAGUCUCUUCCCACACUCAGCAGAGCGGGCACAGGCGCACACCUUCUGAUGGGGCCAUUAAAGGGAGCGGACUAGUCAAUGGGUGCCCAACCAGUACAUGCCCUUCCAGUAGCUGUUUAACUGGAGCAUUGGGAGCAGGUGUAUUGAAAACACCUAGUCCAAGCAGAGAUCCCAAUGAGGUCCCUCGCCUGCCAGACCCCAACCUUGUUUUUCCUCCAACCCCGAGACGAUGGAAUGCACAGCAGGAUUCCACACUGGAAAGACCCAAGACAUUGGAGUUCCUGCCUCGGCCACGUCCUGCAGCCAGUCGGCAGCGGCUUGAUCCCUGGUGGUUUGUGUCACCCAGCAAUGCCAAGGGUGAAUCUUCUGCCAACAGUUCAAGUACUGAUACUCCAAGCAAUCUGGACUCUUGUUUUGCUAGUAGCAGCAGCACUGUAGAAGAGAGACCUGGACUGCCUGCACUGCUUCCUUUCCAGGUGGGUCCUCCUGCAGAGGAGCGGACACUGCUGGACAUAGAUGCUGAGGGGCAGAGCCAGGACAGCACCAUUCCGCUAUGCAGAAGUGAACUUAACACACACAAAGCUGCAGCAUAUGAACUCAAGCAAGAAUUCUGGUCUUAA